ACCAAGUCAUUCUCACCCCUUAGAUCACACUUAAUGCUGGAUGAGUGUUAAAAUGAAUCAGCUGGGUAUAUAAAGUGUGCGAGUGGAGCAUUACAGAUGCCAAAGCAGUCUUUUCCUCAGACCUCCUGCUCAUGUUGUGUUCAGGAUAAAAAUAAGGCUGCCCUAUUGUUUGGUGUUCAGGUCAUCAAUCCAGACUGGUUUGUGGAGCUACAGGCUUUGCGGUUUCGUCUCCCUUCUCCUUCGUUCUGAGUUUAUACUCCAGGAUAUGGGGGAACAAAACAAAAUACUGCCCCGUCCCAUUUUCCGCCGCGAUGUAAGCUGGGAUCCCUUCCCAAACUGGACGCAGCCGAGCCGCAUCUUCGCUCAGGAUUUUGGCCUCCCCCCUUUCCUGGAGCCUAGUGAUCUGGACUGGAUAGACUGGGCGAAGAGGAGAUUGGGAUCUUUCUCCUGGCCUGGGUACACACAGUCUCCCCUUCUGCCUCCAUUCAGCAGUCAGUACCCCGCGGCGCUGAACCAAAAGGGUCCGAGACAACUGACAAGUGGAGUGUCGGAGAUCCGAACAGGACAGGACAGCUGGAAGAUUAACCUGGAUGUCAAUCACUUCUCGCCGGAGGAAAUUACAAUCACAAUCAAGGAGGGUUAUUUGCAGAUAUCAGGAAAUCAUGAAGAAAGGCAGGAUGAGCAUGGACUGGUUUCAAGGUGCUUCACCCGGAAAUACAAGCUGCCGCAGGGGGUGGACUUGCAGCACAUCAGUUCUUCGCUGUCUGGUGAAGGAGUUCUGUCCAUUGAGGCCCCUGCCCCUGGGACGUCCAUCAGUGGCCCCGUCAGUGAGAUCGUCAUACCAGUCCAGAUCAGGCAGACGCAGGACUCUGAAAAGGGAAACCACUAAGCAGAAGCUACACUCAGUUGUAGCCCAGGUUUUGAGCAGCAACAUUUGUAGCACUGGCUUAAAAAAAGAUUUACCGUAACAGAAAUUUUAUCGACUUUAAGAUACUGUCUAAUACUGUUUACUGUAUUGUCACAAGUAUAGCCACCAUGCCACAACUGCCUUUGGUUUCAGACUCAUCUAUAUAACACAACUGAUCCUAAAUGAUGUUUUUUUUUUCUUGUCAACAUUUAGCAUGACCUUGUAUUCUAACAACAUAUCAUUUUUUUCAUGCUCUUCUAACGGUGUCAUUACAUUAAAACAAAAACUGUAGUUGUGACCUUGCAUGACCUCUGGGAUUAUGGAGAUUAUGGUGGACAAAACUGCCUGAGUGCACCACAGGUUUAGUUGUUCUGGUGACUCGCCUUUUUUUUUUAAAAAAUAUCUUAACAUCAUAAUUAGUACAU